CUUUUUGGUAUCUGAUCUGAAUAUGGCGCGAUUUCUGGGGCAAAUUGGGGCUGGCAUCUUGCGGCCCAUUUGGGAACCAACUGGUGAUUCUGGCUUCAUAGUAAUGUUAAUAGGCGAUGUGGUAUAUACCUAAUCCGAAGACUCUACAACUGCAGACGCUAAGUAAUCUCCUGUGCUGUGAAUCAGAGGGCAACCUCGAUACGUCUUGGGCUCGUUCUGCGGGUGAAUUUCGGCAACGCAGCCCGCGCAUCACCGCCCACUCCGCAGCAACCCAACGUACGUACGUACCUCACAUCUCGCCCACACUAACUCGCCUCCUCGCUCCUCACUAUCUCGUCACAAUGGCGCCGCGCCGCAUCGAACAAGACGAAAUCGAAAAGUACUGGGAGAUCUUCAGCUCGCUCGCCAACGGAGCCACUCAUCUCGAUGGCGUGCAGGCAGCUCCGGUGCUCAAGAACUCACACCUGAGAGAUGAUCAGCUCGAGAGGGUUUGGGAUCUGGCAGAUGUGGACAAUGAUGGGAAGCUGGACUUUGAGGAGUUUUGUGUGGCCAUGCGGUUGAUUUUUGACUUGAUCAAUGGGGAGAGCGUAGAUGUACCAGCAUCGCUGCCCGACUGGCUCGUCCCCGAGUCCAAGGCCCACCUCGUCCAGGCCAACCGCGCCAUGACGGGCACCCUCCCCGCAUUCGAAAGCAUCGAAGACGACGACGACGACACGCCCGGCCUACGCGACGGCUUUGACUGGUAUAUGUCGCCCGCCGACAAAUCCAAGUACGAGGAGAUCUACACGGCGAACCGCGACGGCCACGGCAACAUAUCCUUCGACUCGCUUGCCGGGCUCUUUGACUCACUCGACAACGUGCCAGAUUCAGACGUCAGGUUUGCAUGGAACCUGGUGAAUCCGAAAGCGAGAGAAAAUGUGGGCAAGGACGCGUGUCUGGCUUUCUUGCAUAUACUGAAUCAGCGGAGCGAGGGGUUCAGGGUCCCGAGGAGUGUGCCGCCGAGUCUGAGGGCCAGCUUUGAGAAGGCGCAUAUUGAUUACGAUGUUGAGCGGACGGGGAGCCGGUGGGCAGAGAGAGGGGAGGACAACACAACUACGGGUAGGAAAGCCAAGUUCGGCGACGCAUAUCUCACGCGCCUCGGCGUCGGCGACCGCGCAGCGAACUACGGUGCGCGAACAAAAGGCACCGAUUUUGGGGGCCGCACGACAGAAGACUGGGAAGAGGUCCGUCUCAAAAAGCAGCUCAAAGAACUAGAAGAGAAGAUCGAGCGCGUGGAGAAGGAUGCAGAGAGCAGGCGGCACGGCAGGAGGGGAGACAGCAAGCCCGCGCUGGUUAAGAGGGAACUGGAGAUGCUGCUAGAUUACAAGAGGGGCGUGUUGAGGGAGUUAGAUAGUGGAGAGGGGGGUGCCGUUAAAGGUCUCGGGGGUAUCAGGGACGAGAUUGAGACGGUGAGGGAGCAGGUCGAGGGGCUGCAAGGGCAUUUGGAGAGGAGGAGGGAGGUGCUUACAGAUUUGAGGAGGCAGAUUGAUGAUGAGAAGGCAAGCCGAUGAUGGUGGGAUGUAGACAUAUGGCUGCAGCGUCCUGAGGUGCAUGGGAGGUUGGGCGAUGGAUUGUUAUACCGUAGAGACAAUGGCGUAUUGAUAUCAAGAAUCAUCUCCUGGUCAGCGCUCUCCUAUACCUUGCAGGCGUUUUGUUGUAGCUCGCCCCAGGUUCAAGACAGCCACACCGGAAUGCCAAAGUUAUCGCGCCCCACCUCUCCUUCCAGAGUACCAAACAACAAAU